UCUUUCCGCUAGCGCCCGCAGGACCCGGAUGAGAGUGCACGCUUGGGGGUCCCCGGGAAGUCGCGGCGCCUUCGGAGGUGGCGGAUGCGGUCGUGAGCCGGCGGGGGAGGUGCUGCUGCUGCCUCCACUGUACUCAGACCCAGGUAGCACAGGAUUGUCCAUCCGCCAGCAGCUCAGUGCAACGGUGUGAACUCAGCCUGUUUCAGAGCCUUCCUACCAUGACCUCCAAAAAGCUGGUGAACUCGGUGGCUGGCUGUGCUGAUGACGCUCUUGCUGGCCUGGUGGCCUGCAACCCCAACCUGCAGCUCCUGGAGGGCCACCGCGUGGCCCUCCGUUCUGACCUGGACAGCCUCAAGGGCCAGGUGGCACUGCUGUCGGGUGGGGGCUCUGGCCAUGAGCCUGCCCAUGCUGGUUUCAUAGGGAAGGGGAUGCUCACUGGGGUCAUCGCGGGAGCCGUGUUCACCUCCCCGGCAGUGGGCAGCAUCCUGGCAGCCAUCAGGGCAGUGGCCCAGGCCGGCACAGUGGGGACGCUCCUCAUCGUGAAGAACUACACUGGGGAUCGGCUCAACUUCGGCCUGGCCCGGGAGCAGGCCCGGGCUGAAGGCAUCCCGGUGGAGAUGGUGGUGAUUGGGGACGACAGCGCCUUCACUGUCCUGAAGAAGGCAGGCCGGCGGGGGCUGUGUGGCACGGUGCUUAUACACAAGGUGGCAGGUGCUCUGGCUGAGGCAGGUGUGGGGCUGGAGGAGAUCACAAAGCAGGUGAACGUGGUCGCCAAGGCCAUGGGUACCCUGGGGGUGAGCUUAUCCUCCUGCAGCGUCCCUGGUUCCAAACCCACCUUCGAGCUCUCAGCCGACGAGGUGGAGCUGGGCCUGGGGAUCCACGGGGAAGCUGGUGUGCGCCGGGUAAAGAUGGCAACCGCUGAUGAGAUUGUGAAACUCAUGCUUGACCACAUGACAAACACCACCAACGCGUCCCAUGUGCCUGUGCAGCCCGGCUCCUCAGUUGUGAUGAUGGUCAACAACCUGGGUGGCCUGUCAUUCCUGGAACUAGGCAUCAUAGCCGACGCUGCCGUCCGCUCCCUGGAGGGCCACGGGGUGAAGAUUGCCCGUGCCCUGGUGGGCACCUUCAUGUCAGCACUGGAGAUGCCUGGCAUUUCUCUCACCCUCCUGCUGGUGGAUGAGCCUCUCCUGAAACUGAUAGAUGCUGAAACCACUGCAGCAGCCUGGCCUAAUGUGGCUGCAGUCUCCAUUACUGGGCGGAAGCGGAGCCGGGUAGCCCCUGCCCAGCCCCAGGAGGCCCCUGAUUCCACUGCUGCAGGAGGCUCAGCCUCGAAGCGGAUGGCGCUGGUGCUGGAACGGGUGUGCAGCACCCUCCUGGGCCUGGAGGAACACCUAAAUGCCCUGGACCGGGCUGCUGGCGAUGGCGACUGUGGCACCACCCACAGCCGUGCGGCCAGAGCGAUCCGGGAGUGGCUGAAGGAGGGCCCACCCCCUGCCAGCCCUGCCCAGCUGCUCUCCAAGUUGUCUGUCCUGCUCCUGGAGAAGAUGGGAGGCUCAUCUGGGGCGCUCUACGGCCUGUUCCUGACUGCGGCUGCACAGCCCCUCAAGGCGAAGACCAGCCUCCCAGCCUGGUCUGCUGCCAUGGAUGCCGGCCUGGAAGCCAUGCAGAAGUAUGGAAAGGCUGCCCCAGGGGACAGGACUAUGCUGGAUUCUCUGUGGGCAGCAGGGCAGGAGCUCCAAGCCUGGAAGAGCCCAGGAGCCGAUCUAUUGCAAGUCCUGACCAAAGCAGUCAAGAGUGCCGAAGCUGCAGCCGAGGCCACCAAGAAUAUGGAAGCUGGAGCCGGAAGAGCCAGUUAUAUCAGCUCAGCACGGCUGGAGCAGCCAGACCCCGGGGCGGUGGCAGCUGCUGCCAUCCUCCGGGCCAUCUUGGAGGUCUUGCAGAGCUAGGGUGUGUGACUGCCUCCCUUGGCCUCAGCUCCUCUCACUGCUGUGCUGAGGUGGCCUUUGUCACUUCCUUCUGCCUUCCAACCCUCACCUUCCCCCGGCCUGGCCCCGUUGGCCCACCCUCUAAUUGAGCAGGAAAUCCUCCACCAAGCUUCCAGAACUACAGACAGCACCCAGAGCGAGCUGGAGUGGGUCCCCGUGCCUCUCUAGCAUGCCCUUUCCCUUUGCGGGAGGGUGGAGUCCCUGGGUCAUGCCCUCCCCUGCCAGCUCUGGGCUUCAGAGAUAAGGCAUUUUCCUUGUGCAGCCUUUACCUGGCAAUCCUAAUUUGGUUUUAAGACUCCCUGUGAAAUGCCUUCCGCACCUUAACCCAGUGAACGUGAAAAAGAAAGUUAAUAAACUAUAAUACAUGGAAGCAAGAA